GUUAGUGUUCUCAGUUUGAAUUGAAGUGUUCAAGUAAUAGGACAAUGAUGUUUCUGUUGCCGAUAUUUGUGUCCAUAUGUACGUUCAUGGGUGCCGCUGGGGCCCAAACGAACCUCAAUCAAGAUGAUUUAAGAAACAUAAAAACUCAAUUAAAUUUGCUAAUAGAAAAGAGACAACAAGACUACCAGCAGUUGGAAAAAUCGCUUUACGAAUCUCUUAAAGGAAGCACUGACUUAGACGCGUUGAAAGAAGAAAUUCAAUUACUCAGGGAUGAGCAAUUAAAGAUGACGCAUUCUGGCAAUGAUGGGUUCCGCGAUAAAGUAGCUGUUGGAUGGUUAAAAGAGGUGAUCGGAAGCUUAAGAUCGGAAAUGCAAGCAGUGUGGUCAGCAAUUAACGAAACAGCACAAAUACAUAAAACUGUAGCUAUACAAAACGAUCUCCAAGCUUUGAAGAAGGAUUUAGAUUCUGAUCGAAAAGACUUGCAAACAAUGCAAGGAGAAUUGUUAUCAGUUAGGAAGAAUGUCAAAGAUAUGGUGACCAAACAUUCCGAGUUAAAAAAAAAAAUUGAUACCAUUGUUAAACAUCAAAAUGCAAUCGAUAAAAAAAACAACGAAAACGACGUACAAUCGGCAUACAACAGCGUUUAUAAACAAGUGGCGUUUAAGAGCGAUGACAAUCAGCUUAAGACAAACGUAAUCACUACCUUUGUAACAGACCGAGAGACGCAGGAACUGGAACAGCUGGAGUCGUUUCGCAAGACUUUGACGCACCGGAUGGUGCGACUGGAGAAGCGCAUGAAAAGCAUAAUGUACCGGGAAAGUAUGGCAGUGAAACAGGAGAACCGUCUGUCCCGGCUGGAGGCUGAUCUGAACGCGACCAAAGAGGCAUUAGCAUUCAACGCGACGCGACAGGAUUCCACGCAGGACCGUUUGCACGGGUCGCUGCUAGAGUUGCUGGAAAACGUGGAAAGCCUCGACGACCGGGUGGACGCAUGCCUGCCGGAAAUGCGUAAGGAAAUGUCAAAAAUUGAGUUUGCCGUGACCCGGAUGAACGCAUCGAUGGCCAUCAUCAAGGAAGACCAGAACAACCAAAUAUUGACGACCAAAGCGCUUGGCGAAGGUAUGUCGGCUAUUCAAAGAAAAAUUGCUAAGUAUGACGAAAAACAAGUCGGCAAAACCAUUGUCAUGUCCCAUAUAAUGAGAGAAAAUUGCACGGAAUGUACAUAUGUAAUCGACGAAUUGGCCACAUUGCAAAAUUCAUUCAAAAGAAUUGUUGACGGACUUCCUAAAGAUUGUUCUGAAAUGAAAUCUUCGGGAAUAUAUCUAAUAGCGCCCGAUGGAAAAAACCCAUUGCUCGUUCAUUGUGAUUUAUCGGAUAAUAUGUCCUGGAUUACCAUACAGAAAAGGACUAAUGAUCGUCUGAAUUUCAAUCACAACUGGAACGAAUAUGCUAAAGGAUUCGGAAACUUGAACGGUGAUUUUUGGCUCGGCAACGAAGCAAUCCAUCAGUUGACACUGGGCAAUGCGUCUACUCUGCGCAUUCUGAUGACCGACAUAUACGGCAACAAUUGGCAAGCAGACUAUUCACAUUUCGCUGUGUCCGACGCCACCGAUGGCUACCAGUUGGACAUAUCUGGGUACCGGGGAAACGCCACCGACGCUUUGUCCUUCCAAAACGGCCAUCGGUUUAGCACAGCCGACCACGACCAAGACACCAGCAGGGCCAACUGUGCGACGAACUACGAGGGCGGAUGGUGGUACUCUCGAUGUCAGCACGCCAACUUGAACGGCAAGUACAACUACGGACUCACAUGGUACGAUAAUAGCCGCAACCUGUGGAUGACGAUUGCCCAGAGCGAAAUGAAAAUCGGACGACCGGCAACGGCCAGCGGAUAAUCAAUGCAGUAGAGACGCUACGUCCCGUAAGGGCGCCCAAGAACAACCGUGUGUGCUAGUCAAGUGAGACAAUAUUGAGUGUCCUUUAACCCUUAUAUUGUCCGUAAUUUUAUUUGUUUAUCAUACUUUGAACUGAUUAGGUAAUAGUUUUUUAAUAUAAUCAAUAAGAUA